AUAUAUUUAGGUUGAAGAAAAUAUGGAACCGCAUAGUGUUAAGGAAUCCAAACCACAAAUUAUAGUUCGGUGUGGGUGAUUUGUGCAGUAUGGGUAGUUUGGUGCCUUGUUAGAGCCUCAUCUGCAUCGGGAGAAGUACGUCUCACUCGACCCUGAGAACCUCACUGUAUCAAUAAUUGAUCAAAAAAUUCCAUAUGGGGUUGCCAGAAACCCUUGAUUUGGCUCGCAGUUUUGCUGUGAUGGUCAGAGUCCAAGGCCCUGACCCAAAAGGCCUCAAAAUGCGAAAACACGCUUUUCACCAAUACCACUCCGGGAGGACCACUCUUUCGGCUUCUGGAAUGUUAUUGCCUCAUACCCUUUACGACUCUGCUGUUGCUGAGAAACUUUGCGGCGAUGGAGAUCGGUUUCCGGUACUGGUUGUGACUGUUGCGUCUGUUGUCGAGCCAUUUCUUUCGGCUCAGCACAAACAAAAUAACAUUUCUCAGGGCCGGCCCCAGUGCAUUCCUGGUGUUCAGGUUGAUAUUAUGAUAGAGAACGAAAUGGGGCUGGGAAACGACUCUAACGAUUUGGAUAAAGAGGCUUCUCGUUGGCAUGCUACACAGUGUUUAAAAAUAAUUGAUGUUCCAGCAUCUGCCUGCGCACUCCAAUCACUUUUUGAAGCCUCAUUAGGUUCUUUAGAGCAUGGAUGGGAGGUUGGCUGGUCUUUAGCAUCACUCAAUGAGAGCCGUCAAUCUGUUAAUGUUUCCCAGACACAGGUCCACCUAGCAGAGUCAAACAAUUUAAAUCAGUUGGGCAAGUCAACUACUAGAAUGGCCAUUCUAGGAGUUUCUUUAUCUUCCAAUGAUGUGGCAAAGAUCUCAAUAUCACCUUCUAGUAGAAAGGGAGAUUUUAUUCUGGCAGUGGGAUCUCCUUUUGGUGUCCUGUCACCUGUGCACUUCUUUAAUAGUAUAUCAGUAGGAUCAAUUGCCAACUGCUACCCUCCCCGUUCAUCUUCGAGAUCAUUGCUGAUGGCGGACAUACGGUGUCUCCCUGGGAUGGAAGGUGGUCCAAUUUUUGAUGAGCAGGCGCAACUUAUAGGCAUCUUGAUCAGACCACUGAGGCAGAAGAUUAGUGGUGCUGAGGUUCAGCUAGUCAUUCCAUGGGAAGCCAUUGCAAGUGCUUGCUGUGACUUGCUGCUGAAGGAGCCUCAUCAUACUGAAAGAAGCAUUUAUUAUGGCGAGGGAAAAUUAGCUGCUGUAGGGAGAGCAUGUAUUGCAAACAGCCAAGGCCCUGAUGGACCUGUAACUUACACUCACAAAGAUCUGAGUUCUUGUUGUCCCUCUUCUGUUGAGAAGGCAAUGGCGUCUGUUUGUCUUAUUACCGUUGAGGAUGGAGUAUGGGCAUCUGGUGUUUUGCUCAACAAUCAAGGCUUGAUACUUACAAAUGCUCACCUGUUGGAGCCAUGGAGAUUCGGUAAAAGAACUGCAGAUCCUUUUAUAGGUGGUGAACAUGGGGAAUCUAAUUUGACUUCAUCUUACAGUGGCAGCAGAAACAUUCGUGUUCGUCUAGAUCAUAUUGACCCUUGGAUUUGGUGCGAGGCUAAAGUAGUAUAUGUGUGUAAAGGUCCUUUGGAUGUCGCUUUACUGCAGCUUGAGUCAAUUCCAAAUGAACUUUGCCCGAUCAUUAUGGAUUUUUCAAGGCCAUUUGUGGGAUCCAAAGCUUAUGUUGUUGGGCAUGGAUUAUUUGGACCAAGAUGUGGCUUCUUUCCAUCAGUUUGCUCUGGUGUGGUAGCAAAAGUGGUUGAAGCAAAACUUCCCCACUCCUAUCAACACAGUCGACCGGGAAGUACCCAAGGGAAUUUUCCAGCGAUGCUUGAAACAACAGCUGCUGUUCAUCCUGGUAGCAGUGGUGGUGCUGUCGUAAAUAUAAAUGGUCAUCUGAUUGGACUUGUUACAAGCAAUGCAAGGCAUGGUGGAGGAACAGUUAUUCCACAUCUGAACUUCAGUAUUCCCUGUUCAGCCUUACUACCAAUCUUUAAGUUCUCAGAAGACAUGCAAGAUUCUUCACUGCUUCUAGUUCUUGACCAACCAAAUGAGCACCUUUCCUCGGUUUGGGCGUUGAUGCCCCCGCUAUCCCCGAAGGCCCCUCCGUUGCCUACCACGCCAGUGUCACUUCUGGAAUACAAGGAGAACAGGAAAGAAGCAAAGGGUUCCCGUUUCGCCAAAUUUAUAGCCGAAAGACAAGACGUGCUGCGGAAGUCAACCGAACUUGGUGAAACAGGAAAGCAGCCCAGUGUGAUUGUUCCCAGCAAGUUAUGAGCAUCAAUUUUUUUUGGGGGACUAAACAUACAUCAUUUCCAGAAUAAUGCUUCUCACCAGGUUCCACUGCAUCAUCCGGUGAAUUGCUUUGAUCCAAUUGAGAAUUCAUGGUUGAGGUGUUAUAAUAGAAAUGAAAGGGUACUAUUUGUAUUCUAUACCCAUACUUUGAGUUUAAUUUUUGUUGCAACAACAACAAAAAAAAUACUCUCACAAGCCUGUAUCUUAAAUAUGUGUUCAUAAAUUUGGAGUAAAAAAAAUAAGAAUAUUAAAUUGUAACUUUUUUAAAA